UUUGAACUCGUUUAUCACCACAUUUAUCACAUAGGCUUUGUGAGUUGUGGCGUGAACUGGCGUGAUACACGAGCUCAUGAUCUCAUUUUGAUCUCAUAUCCUCUGUGUUUGGGUGUAGUCGACUCGCAGAGAGACCCGUGAAAGGUGUGGCUUAUAGUGGACGGACGCUUUAGCAAAGAACUGAAACCCACCCACAACAGCAGGAAUGUCUUCUGUAUGGGAUGAUUUGGAUCUUCUCCUGGACUCCCCCUCCUCUUUGACUGUAAAUUCAACAGUACAUGGCACCAUUAAGGAGAAGCCGGGCUUUAAUCCAGGCGAGGAUGCUGCCGCUUUAAGGAAAGCUAUUGAAGGCAUUGGCACUACUGAAAAGACUCUUAUUGACAUUCUGACUCAAAGAAGCAAUGCCCAGCGCCAGCUGAUCUGUAAAGCGUAUCAGGACGCCACUGGGAGGACUCUUUGUGAUGACUUGGAAGGUGAUACACGUGGAGAUCUUGAGGGUAUUUUGGUGGCCCUGAUCACUCCUCCUGCUAAGUUUGACUGCCAAGAGUUCAUAGGGGCUAUAAAAGUACACAAUGCAUUUUCUUUUUGACUGCUAAUAGUUUAG